AACCUUUCGGAUCCAUUGGAUUUGCAAAGCCACACCCAUCAAGCCACAAGCUUGAAUCUGAUGCUCUUCCUUUAGAUCAAGUACUCCUUAUGCAAUCACUAAAGUUUCAGUUUUUCAUGGGAAAGUAGCAAACAUGCAGUUUUGGUAGUUUUUCUUUUCUUCUUUGAGAAUUUGGGUCUUGAUUUUUAGUGGUUUUUAGGAAGUGUGUAGCUGAGAAAUAUUGAAAAUUUGGAUCCAUGAGGAGUGUAUGCCUGUCUGUUGUUGUUUGUAUAAUGUGUGAGAUGUUUAUAUUAGGGUUAACAAAUUAUGUUCCAGAAGUGGAAUUUGAGUAUAAAAAAGAAUCUUCUGUUGAAGUGGAACACAAUUAUGAAAGAAUCGAUGAGGUAAAGAAACAUUGUAAAUCGGUUUUAUCAUCUGCUUCUGAAUUCAAAGCUGGAGGUAAUAGGAUAGCUGAUAUAAAAGAGGAGCUCAAUUUCGGGUAUGGGGAUUGGCGGCAGGAUGUCGGUGAUGCACCCAUUAUUCCAUUUGAUGAUAGAGAUAUACCUGAGAAGUUGUCGCAGGUUCCCUCGAACAUAUCUUCUUUCUGGAUCACGAAUGUUGAUCACGAACAUCGGACUAAGAAGUCUGUGAGUGUCAGUGGUAUUUUGAUGUUGGGGAUAACCCUGGAUACUUCGUUUGCAGAGAGGCCGUACCAGGGUAGUCCUCGGUUUCAGAUAUGGCCUGCUCAUACUCAGCUUGCUAUUUCGUUCGAAGGGAUUUACACCGAAACCAAACGAGGUGGUGGGGAAAGAGUGUUGUGUUUGUUGGGGAGCGCGAUGUUGCCGUCUCGGGAGUCUGACACGAACAAUACAUGGGAAUGGCUGAAGGACUCUGAUCAAAACGAAAACCAGGUGCCCCUUUUGCAAGAUGAUCAGAUAUUGCUUGUGCUUCAUUACCCAUUGACACAUACUUUGACAAAUAGGGUGAUACGAGGGGAGUUGAAGAGUCUAAAUCCGAAAUCAAAUGCUAAGUACUUUGAUCAAGUUCACAUUUUGGCCCAGAUGCUCAAGUCGACGAAAUAUGAAUUUGGCUCUAAAGAGAUUGUAUCCAAGGCAUGUGAUCCUUAUCCGUAUUGGGAUAAUGUGAUGAAUUCCGGCAUCGAUGUCUACAAAGGAGAUAGCUUCUGUACAAUUCUAGAGCAAGUUACUAAUAGUGGAGCUUUCACUGUUGUGCCAAACUGGAAAUGCAAUGGCACUGACGACUACUGUAGUAAACUGGGUCCUUUUGUGUCCGAUAAAGAGAUUAAGGCUACAAAUGGAAGCUUCAAGGAUGUCAUACUUUACAUGCAGGAUGUCAGAUGCAAGCCGACUAAUGGGCAUCGAAAUGCUAGUGUUGCCAGAGUUGCUGCAGUUUUUCGGGCUGCUCCUGCAUCGGAGGAUCAGUAUAGAGUGCAAUGGAGGAGGUCUGGACUUAGCAACAUGACUCUAGCUGCUGAAGGAAUCUGGAAUUCUUCUAGUGGGCAGCUUUGCAUGGUUGGUUGCCUUGGCAUAGUAGAUGCAGAAGGGAGUAGCUGUAACUCGCGUAUAUGUUUGUAUAUCCCUCUGUCUUUCUCCUUAAAGCAGCGAAGCAUAAUCUUUGGGAGUAUUUCAAGUAUUGAUAGAAGUAAUAAGAAGUACUUCCCUUUAUCUUUUGAAAGGUUAGCGAGUCCGACAGAGUUGUGGAAUUAUUUCAGAUCAUCACAUCCUUUUUAUAGUUACUCAAAAAUCCGAUCGGCUGGUGCAAUCCUAGAGAAAAAUGAGCCCUUCAGUUUCGGAACUCUAGUCAAGAAAUCGUUGCUGCAAUUUCCGAAACUUGAAGAUACCGAGGAUUUUUUAUCCAGCCUUUCUUUUCUUGCAGAAGAUCUGACCCUUCAAAUCUCUGCUGUUCCUGAUCCGUUUUCAAAUUCUCAUCCUCCAAGAGUUGAUAUUCAGUUGGAUAUUUUCUCAGUUGGUCCUUUGUUUGGGCACUAUUGGUAUUCAAGAAAUGCGACCACCGCAGAGGAAGAGGCACCUUACCACGCUAAAGCUGAAUACACCGAGAAACAGCUCCUUUUGAAUGUAUCAGCUCAACUAACAAUCAUGGGGAAAGAUUAUAGCAAUUUUUCUGUUCUUUUUCUGGAGGGUCUUUAUGAUCCACAUUUUGGACGGAUGUACCUUGUUGGCUGCAGGGAUGUUCGAGCUUCAUGGACAAUCUUAUCUCAGACCAUGGAUCUAGAAUCAGGGUUGGAUUGCUUGAUCGAAGUCAUAGUGUCUUACCCACCAACGACAGCUCGGUGGUUGGUCAAUCCAACUGCAAGAAUUUCCAUAUCCAGUCAGAGAACUGAAGAUGAUCCAUUAUAUUUUGGGAUGAUUAAGCUUCAAACUCUUCCGAUUAUGUACAGGAAGCAAAGGGAAGAUAUUCUCUCUCGCCGGGGUGUUGAGGGAAUCCUCCGUGUUUUGACCCUUUCAUUUGCUAUUGCUUGCAUUUCUAGUCAGCUGUUUUACCUCAAGAAGGAUGUUGAUUCCUCUCCUUUUAUUUCCCUUGUCAUGCUUGGUGUCCAAGCCCUUGGGUACAGUCUUCCUCUUAUUACUGGCGCCGAAGCUCUCUUCAAGAGAGAGGCUUCCAAUUCUUACGAAAUGCAAUCUUACGAUCUCGAGAAGAGUCAGUGGCUGAGUUUGAUUGAUUACACGGUGAAGCUUCUUGUGCUGGUGAUGUUCCUUUUGACACUGAGGCUCUGUCAGAAGGUGUGGAAAUCUCGUAUCAGAUUACUUUCACGUGCCCCGCUUGAAUCACAUCGUGUCCCGAGUGAGAAGCGGGUACUUAUGUCAACCGUUACCAUACAUGUCAUCGGAUACAUAAUUGUGCUGAUCAUUCAUACUGUUAACACCAAACAGAUACCACCUCAAACAGAUAAGUUUAUAGAUUCAAGGGGUAACUCCCAAACGCUACGGCAAUGGGAAAUCGAACUAGAGGAGUAUAUUGGCCUUGUUCAAGAUUUCUUCUUGCUCCCUCAAGUCAUUGGUAACUUCAUGUGGCAAAUCGAUUGUAAACCUCUCCGGAAACUAUAUUUUAUCGGGAUUACAGUCGUCAGACUUCUCCCUCAUCUCUACAACUACAUGAGAGCUCCAGUUCCAAAUCCAUACUUUGCAGAGGAGUACGAGUUUGUGAAUCCGACGAUGGACUUCUUCUCGAAUUUUGGGGAUGUUGCCAUUCCCGUCACCGCAGUUUUGCUUGCAGCCGUUAUCUAUUGUCAGCAAAGGUGGAAAUAUGAUCAACUUAGCCAGUUUCUCACCUUCAGGCAACGAAGGCUUCUUCCUGCGGGAUCAAGAGCUUACGAGAGGUUGUCUUCGAAGCCAUUAGAAGCCGAGCUCGCCUCUGAUGUUAAUCGGAGUACCUCGAAUAAGCUAGAGGACGAUGAUGAAGAAUAGUUCAAUUCCUUGUCAACAUUACUGACAGAUGUGUUUGCUAAGCAUGUGUGAAUGUAGGUAAUAAUUUCAUGUUUGUUUUCAAAGUACAACAUGUCGGCAUCUAAAAUUACGACUAAAAGCUUGGUUCCACCAUGCAUAUUCUGAUCAUUAAACAAGAACGAUUCUCCGAACAUCGUGUCGCUUUUAUCU